AUGGCCACCGCGCCCCCAUGCCUCCCUCCCCCGUCGCCGGUGGACACCAGUCGCGUUGACGUCUUUUGGCACGAAGGAAUGCUCCGACACGACGCCGUGGAAGGCGUCUUCGACAUCGGACUCGAUCCAGGAUUCUUAGACGUAUUGGAGAAACACCCGGAGAACGCCGACCGCGUCAGGAACAUGGUCUCGAUCCUCCGACGUGGUCCCAUCUCUCCACAUGUCCGUUGGUUUCCCGGCCGUCCCGCAAUCGUGUCGGAGCUUCUAAUGUUUCACACUUCAGAAUACAUUGACAAGCUAGUGGAGGCAGACAAAUCAGGAGAAAGGCGUGAAAUCGCGGCAGGUACCUUCAUGAGCUCAGGCUCGUGGGAGGCUGCUCUUCUUGCAGCUGGAACAACUCUAUCAGCAAUGCAACACGUUCUCGACUGCCAUGGGAAGAUAGCAUAUGCUCUGGUACGCCCACCAGGCCACCACUCACAGCCUACUCAAGCCGACGGGUAUUGCUUCCUCAACAACGCGGCUCUUGCAGUGAAGCUGGCAUUGAACUCGGGUUCUUGUUCCCGAGUUGCGGUUAUUGACAUCGAUGUUCACUACGGAAAUGGCACAGCUCAAGGGUUUUACAGCUCUGAUAAGGUUCUUACGGUGUCCCUCCAUAUGAACCACGGGUCAUGGGGAUCGUCUCACCCGCAGAAAGGGUCGGUUGAUGAGCUUGGCGAAGGCGUGGGGUUUGGUUAUAACCUGAAUGUCCCUUUACCUAAUGGCACGGGUGACCGGGGUUAUGAGUGUGCCAUGACCGAGCUAGUGGUUCCUGCAGUUACAAGGUUUGGACCCGACAUGGUUGUCCUGGUUGUUGGUCAAGACUCCAGCGCUGUAAGCUCUUUCUUCACCCCUCAAAAACAUGUGUACAUUUACUAUCUAACCUACUCAUUAUCUACAGAUUCUGCAGUUUCAGUAUUCCAUCAGACACAGUUUGGUAUGUUGUUAAUGGUUCAUGUAACCCCCUUGUUACUGCAGUUUGAUCCAAACGGGAGACAAUGCCUGACGAUGAAUGGAUACCGAAAGAUCGGGCAGAUAAUGAGGGGAGUGGCAGAGGAGCACAGCCAUGGAAGGUUGCUUAUGGUGCAAGAAGGUGGCUAUCAUGUAACAUAUUCAGCCUACUGCCUCCACGCCAUGCUCGAAGGCGUGCUGCAGAUUCCAGAACUGCUUUUAUCUGAUCCCAUCGCUUAUUAUCCUGAAGACGAAGCCAUAGCUGUUGAAGCUGUCGAAUCAAUCAAAAGAUACCACUCGGAGUUUGUUCCAUUUCUCACAUGA